CCCCCCCUCAUCAGCUCAUCACCAUCGCUACAAGUAGCACUAAGUCAAACAGCAGUCUUUUCAACUCACCCUCCCAUCAGCACUCUCCGCUUUCCCUGCAGAGCCUUCAGCUCAAUCGUCUCAUCCGGUCACUGCCCAUCGCAAAGCACCCAAACAUGUCUUCUUCUGAGCGAACCUCCGAUGCAGAGGGACAGCAGCGCUCGAGCGUCUACGUACCACCUCCUCCCAACGUCGUCCAGAGGUUCAGGAACGCCUAUGGCGAGUACUUUGCUGAGAUGUUCGGAGCUGGCACCAUCAUCAUCUUUGGUGCUGGCGCUCAGCUGCAGACUCAGCUUUGGGGUGCAGGUGAUGUACUCACCUGUGCUUUUGGCUGGGCCAUCGGCGUAGCUCUGGGAGCAUACAUCAGCAGCCCCAUUAGUGGAGGCCACAUCAAUCCUGCCGUCACUAUCGCCCAAGCAGUUUUCCGACGAUUCCCACUGAGCAAGGUGCCGGGCUAUAUCCUCUCGCAGAUCCUUGGUUGCUUCUUUGCGACACUUAUCAUUUAUAGCAACUAUGCAGAAGCCAUUGCCGACUUCCAGCGAGGCACCGGCCACACAGUCUAUGGAGACACCGCCACGGCCGGCAACUUUGUGUCGGUACCCAAGGACGGCCUUUCAGCAGCUACGGCCUUCUUCGACGAAUUCUUGGGCACCGCCCUCUUGGUUGGAUGCAUCUUUGCCUUUACUCACCCCGGCCUCCCCAGUCCUGCUCUGCCCUUGGCCGUCCUGUUCACGCUUCUUGGCAUUGCCGUAGCGGUAGGAGCCCAAACUGGAUUUGCCAUCAAUCCUGCAAGGGACUUUGGACCCAGACUUGCUCUCACCGUCAUUGGCUACCCUGCACAGACACUUUGGAGCCACAACAAAGGCUAUUGGUUCCACUCCAUCUGGGCCGCCGACAUCCUUGGCGCUUUGGUCGGUGGAGGCAUCGUGGACAUCUUUCUCUACCCUGGUCCAAAUUCCAUCUUCAAUCGUACCUCGGCAUCGGCUCGCUUUACUCUCAAUUGUUGAUGACAAGCGUCAGGAGAGCUGCAGACAGCCUCCUGGCCAGUACACCCAAAGCAGCUGACUGUCACGAAGGAGCACAACUGCUGUGACAGGGCUCUCAAGAAUAGCAGAAUUCGUAAUUGCAUUGCGUCUCCACCCUUGUAUCUCAAAUACGACUACACUCGAUGUCCCCGCCCCGUCUUUUCCUGUCAUACUAGCAGCAGAGUGUAACAUUGGCGUCUGGUACGCUGCAUUUUUCUUCCCUUGAAUUGUCAUUCUCUCUCCCCCAC